AUGGGUGAUCGCCACGAGUCGAACGUUCUCAUGGCGCUGCUUCUUGUCCGUGCGCCCCAUCACGUUCUGCUGGUGCUAUGGCUGCUCACUGCUGUUGUCUACAUGUCUGGUGCGGUCGCGGGUCCCAGCACCACCGGCCAGCACGGGGCUCCCGAUGCGCAUCGCGGAGGCAAUAGCUUGUCCGCCUACCUCACAGUCCGCUCUUGUCUGUCUGUCCCUGAUCAUGCUCUCGACAACACGUCGAAGAUGCGGACAUUCCUGUUCGCUCAGACGACUUGUCUAUCGAUUCUACUAAUGUGGACUGUCACUAUUAUGGCUGGAUGUCACCAGCAGCAGGGAUCCCUCCCUCCAGGGCCGACAGAGCAGGCGACCAAAACGCUCAAGACUGUCAACCAAGACCCCUACUGA